AUGUCUAAGAUCUACGUCGGAAACCUUUCAUGGCACACCAGCGACGAGUCGCUGCGCGCGGCCUUCGGUGAGUUCGGCAACAUUGUCGACUCUAUCGUCAUGGUUGACCGUGAGACUGGCCGCUCCCGCGGAUUCGGUUUCGUCACCUUCUCUUCCGCUGAGGAGGCCGAGGCCGCCAUCAACGCUCUUAACGAGCAGGAUCUCGAUGGUCGUCGCAUCCGUGUCAACCUCGCCAACGCUCGCCCCGCCGGUGGCUCUGGCUUCAACGGUGGUGGUGGCGGUGCCGGUGGUGGCCGCUGGUAA